CCAGUGAUUAUAUCCUGUAGGUCACGUUUUACUACAGUUUGGAAGAAAUGGCGGACAUGGAUGAAUUGUUCGGGAGCGAUGGGGACAGCGACAACGACCAGCGAGAGUCUGGCUCCGGCUCUGGUUCAGAGUCGGAGCAGGAGAGGCCUCGUUCUGUCAGCAACGCUUCAGGCAGCGGCAGUGACAGCGAGAGGGAGCGGGAUGAUGAUGAUGACGAGUACGAAGGCAGGGAGGCCGGCAAGCCCAGCAUGAAUAAGGAGCUGUUUGGAGACGACAGUGAGGAUGAACAACACAGCGGAAGCGACAACCAGUCUGAGCGCUCGGGGAACCAGUCAGAUGCCAGCAUGCGCUCAGACCGCGGGGACAACGAUCACUCCGACGCAGAGCAGCACAGCGGCUCGGACCGUGACCAUCGAGAUGAGGAUGAAGACGAGGAGGAUGGGGGUCACCGGUCGGACGGAGGAAGCCCGGCUGGCAGCGGGAUGUCUGGCGGUGGGAGCCCUCGUUCUGACAGGGGCAGCGUUCGCUCAGACAGAAGUAUGCACAGCGAUCCUGGGACUCCGCAGUCGGGCCCGGGCACACCUCACAGUGACGGCGAAGCUUCAGGGAGGGAGAACCAAUCGGAGGAUGAGAAGUGGGGCGGAGAAGCUAAGAGCGACCAGUCGGAGGACGAGGAGGAGAAACGCCACUACUCUGACGAAGAGGGAGAAAAUUCUGAUGAUGAGGGACCGAGGAACAGGAAAUCAGAGUCUGCAAAAGGAAGUGACAGCGAAGAUGAUUUCAUAGGACGGAAACCCAAAACGAAAGCCGCCUCCGAUUCCGAUUCAGACAGCGAUGCUGAAACAAAACCAAAGAAGGCCGCAGCAGAUGACCUGUUCGGAGAAGCGGACGACAUCUCUUCAGACAGCGAUGCAGAGAAGCCCCCAACCCCGGGCCAGCCCCUGGAUGCAGAGGAUGGUAUGGAGGGGGAGCAGGCAGAAGAGGAGCCUGCGCCUGAAACUCGUAUUGAAGUAGAGAUCCCAAAAGUCAGCACUGACUUGGGAUCCGACCUUUAUUUUGUCAAGUUGCCCAAUUUCCUGUCUGUGGAGCCCAGGCCGUUUGAUCCUCAGUACUAUGAGGAUGAAUUUGAGGAUGAAGAAAUGCUGGAUGAAGAGGGGCGGACCAGGCUCAAACUGAAGGUGGAGAACACAAUCCGGUGGAGAGCGAAGAGAGACGAGGAGGGAAAUGAAACCCGAGAGAGCAAUGCGCGCAUUGUCAAAUGGUCCGACGGCAGCAUGUCCCUCCACCUGGGGAACGAAGUGUUCGAUGUUUACAAAGCUCCACUCCAAGGAGACCACAAUCACCUUUUCAUCCGACAGGGCACCGGGCUGCAGGGACAGGCCGUGUUCAAAACCAAACUCACUUUCAGACCCCACUCCACAGACAGCGCCACCCACAGGAAGAUGACCCUGUCUCUGGCUGACCGCUGCUCAAAGACACAGAAGAUCAGAAUCCUUCCCAUGGCUGGACGAGAUCCCGAGUCCCAUCGCAAUGAAAUGAUCAAGAAAGAGGAGGAGCGGCUGCGAGCCUCCAUCCGCAGGGAGUCCCAGCAGAGGAGGAUAAGGGAAAAGCAGCAUCAGAGAGGCCUGAGCAGCAGCUACCUGGAGCCCGAUCGCUAUGACGACGAGGAAGAGGGCGAGGAGGCGAUCAGCCUCGCAGCCAUCAAGAGCAAGUAUAAGGGUGGAAGUGGCCUGAGAGAGGAGCGAGCCAGGAUCUACUCAUCAGACAGUGAUGAAGGUUCUGAUGACGAUAAAGCCCAGAGGCUGAUGAAGGCUAAGAAGUUGGACAGUGACGAGGAGGGCGAGGGAUCAGGCAAGAGAAAGGCAGAAGAUGACGAGGAAACGGCCACCAAAAAGGCAAAGAAGUAUGUCAUCAGCGACGAAGAAGACGAGGAAGACGACGACGAAUAAUUCAUCUUCCCUUAUCAUUCCACUGUAUUAUCAGUGCUCAGCCCACAUGGCAUAUAAACAGCCAUAUUUUUUGUAUAUUUUCUUAUGACCUGUGUGUGGGUGGCUGUGUCUGUGUGUUUGCUUGUUUAUGUUGUGUACAGAAGAGGUGAGAAAUAAAACAAAAAACGGUGGUUUUAUGUAACCAAAGCUUCUCGAGGCCUCUUCAUCUUUUUAACACCAUGAAUCAUAUAUAUAUGAAUCACGCUGUUGCGAUGUUAUGAAACAAACUGUUACGUUUCGAGGGGAGGCUGUUAAUGGCAUAAUUGCUGUGGGCUGCCGAAAGAUUAAGUUAAUGGCAUAGAAGCAGCAUCUGCCAUUUCUGUUCCUCUCCCUCAUGUACACACAUAAUUGACCAGUGUUUUCAGUGCGCUGGUUUAGAGGUGGUGGGGUUUUUUGGUUUUGUUUUGGGUUUUUUGCAGUUCGUGUGAAUGUUUCAGGAAAAAACCGGGGAGUGUAGUGUUGUCAGAGGAGAAGACGAUGCCAAAACCACCUGAUAGAAGACACAAGAGAUUAGAGGAUUUGGGGUUUGAGACAAAGGAGCUGUAGUUCUGUGGGAGAAGAUCCCCCCCCCUCAAUAAUCUGCCUGCAGAGGAAGGAGUAGGAAUAUCUACUUCUUCCUGUACAAGCAGCUGUAGGAAGUCCCAAGCUUUCACUGGCACCCCCUCUGAUAUUCUAACCCAUGCCAUUGCUACACCUCUGCUAAACAUCCAGCCCUUAUAGGGCCUGCUAAUAGAUACCCUUUUAAAUUGUCAACCAUAGAUCGGUGCCAUUAUUAUUGCCAAAUCGUCACAGUUUCAACUGUCAGGACACCAAGGGUUUUAGAAGAUGUGAAACCUCACAGGAGCCCUGCAGACUUGAAUUACAUAGUCAUAUAAACAAAGAAAACAUUUUAAAUCUCAUAU